AAAAAUAUUUGUAGCCGAGCAAGCUAACGUUAGUCGGUUUGAUACUGGGAAGAUCUGUGUUAUGAAGUAGCUAGCCCAAAGACAGUUAUCUAAAUUCAUUCUCUGAUCAACGUGGGCGGUUUAUCUGAUCAUCCAAAGAUUUGCUAAGGUUGGGAUUUGUCUAUAUAAUAAUUUUCAUAGCAACUAGCUCUAUCUACCGAAAGAUGUUGUGUUCUUCCAGGUCAUGAUUAGCUAAAACAAAAUCGAUAGAUUUCGUGAGACAAUAGCCACAAUAAAAAAUAAACAAUAGCUAGCCUCAAUAGAAGCAGAGCAAUUCGCGAACCUUGUUUUGUUUUUAUCAACAUCCAUCGCGGUAGCUAAGCGUGUUGUUAAAUGAGCUACCAGUAACAUUAGCUAGCUAACCAAGCUCACCGUCGUCGACUUGCAAAUCCCCCUUGUCAUUUCCUCCGCAAAAUUGUUCUUGUACAACGAGAUCAGUGAGGAGCCCCGAUACAUCUGCGUUUAAUUUCUUAAUCCCCACUAUCAUAGAAGUCAGGUUGUUUUCUGUUUUUAUGAUAAUCUCUUUCUUCAGGCCAUCCCUGUAUUUUAGCUCUCCUCGUAUCUCAGUAGCUGCCAUGAUUGUUGAACCAUGACCCUAGUUUGAACUCUGACCCGAGUCAUAGCGGCAUUUUGACGUACAUUCGAUUUGGUCAGAGACUUGUACUUUGAGACGUUCGCCAUAUUUGCACAAAUACAUAUAUAAAUAACAAUCACUAACUAAACCAACAGGUAGACAAUAUUUUAAUUUAUCAAAAUGUGAAAAUCUCUGAAGUGCUUUUCAGAAACUCCCGCCAACAGGGUGAAAUAUUUGCAUAAUCCGGAAAUCGUGCGGAAGUUGUCAUUCUGAGAGAGCCACAGUGAGGGGGUUCGAUUCAUUUAGCCCGGGCGCCCGUGUUAGCAUGUUUUGCUUUGGUUGAAAGUUGGUUACAUUCGACUUGGAACCGGGCUGCCUCCCUGGCGUGAGCCAGCUGCUCUAUCUAAAUCUGCUCAAAACAAUAGUGACGUAAUUAAGCAAGUGCAGUAAUGAGUAGGAUUCUUUCUUUUCCCAUGCAAAGUGAUUGGUUUUCUGCCGUUCAAGUGAAAACUAAUUUGACAUUGCUAACAUUUAUUCGAUGGAAAUAUAUAGUAUGUAAUAGUAUAUAUAGUAUGUUUCCGGACGAUGCAACAUGAUGCCUUGUUAACAACAUGACCGACCGCACAGAUUACUGUUCAUUUUGAGAUGGGUGUUCCUCCCUCCCCGCUUUCGCCAGAUGACGUGCCGGCCCAUUGCCCGGUUCCAUCUGGGCCCGAGUAAAAUAACUCCCUCGGUGUAUCGGGUUUGAGAAUAACAUAACGUCCAGUGCGCUCCAAUGUGUUUUUGCUUAUUGUAUCUAAUUUAUUGUAUAUUUUGGUGAACAGAGCAUUUUGAUACAUCUUCUCAAGUCCUUCUGGACGUCCCUGUUUAGAUUUAUCUGGCGCUCUACAUUUUGCCCUGGAACAGGAACUUGUAUUCACACUUUUUUCACCUUCUAUUUUCCGAGAAUGGCGGCAAAUGAGGGAGAUGAGGCUACUGUUUCUUUGGUAGAUGUUUUGGAAGAAGAUGAAGAGUUGGAGAAUGAGGCAUCUGCUGUUUUAGCUGGUAGUGAUUCUGAGAAGUGUUCCUAUCCGGAGGGCUAUGUGAAGCGACAAGCCCUCUAUGCCUGCAGCACCUGCACACCAAAGGGGGGCCAGCCAGCCGGAGUCUGCCUGGCCUGCUCCUACAAAUGCCAUGAAGGCCAUGACCUUUUUGAGCUCUACACCAAAAGGAAUUUCCGCUGUGACUGUGGAAAUGGCAAGUUUGAAGAGAUGAGGUGCAAGUUAUACUCAGACAAGGAUCAGUUGAACACGGAGAACAAAUACAGCCACAAUUUUGUUGGUCUGUAUUGCACCUGUAACAGGCCAUAUCCAGACCCAGAAGACCCGGUUGAAGAUGAGAUGAUACAGUGCAUUGUCUGUGAGGACUGGCUUCAUGGCAGGCACUUGGGUUGCCCUGUGCCAGAGUGUGUGGAGCUCCAGGAGAUGGUGUGUGAGUCCUGCAUGAACAAUGCUCCUUUCCUGUGGGCCUACGCCACCCAUCUGGCAGUGCCCGCUGCGACCAAAGCCAGCCCCUGCAAAGCAGAAGGGGAGGUGACGAAUGAAGAGGGGGACUGUGAGGAGGGCAAGAACACAACAGAGGAGGCCUCCACGAGCCUCAAUAACCAGGGUGAAGAGAAGGUCAAAUCCAAUGGGGUGCCAGGCUGCAAAAGGAGGCACCAGGAGAUGGAGGGAGGCUCGCCCUCCAAAGCCCCCUCCGAGUGCAGGCUCAUGGAGCUGGGGGGCACAGGUACAGAGAGAGCAGAGUUUGGAGCUGUAUUCUGGCCCUCAGCCUGGAGAACCAAACUCUGUUCCUGUGUCAGCUGCAAGAAAUCCUACGCUGAAGCUGGUAUGUCCUUUCUCCUGGAUGAGUCGGACACUGUCUUAGCCUACGAGAAUAAAGGAAAGACCACAGAACAGGAGCAGGCGGGGACCGCCGAGGGUCGCGACCCCCUGAUGUCGGCUCUUAAUACCCUGGGCCGGGUUCAGCAGCUGGAGAUAAUCCAUGGGUACAAUGACAUGAAGACUGAGCUGAAGGAUUUCCUGCAAAGAUUUGCUGCAGAAGGAAAGGUAGUGACUCCCGAAGACAUCCGUCAGUUCUUCCAACAGCAGCAGAACCGCAAGAGACGACGGGCCAACGCGGGCCAGUACUACUGCAGCUGAGCAAUCUCCAUUCAGACAACUCCUGUACCUCCCCCUCUCCACAUUUCCCCAACACCUGUCAGUAUAGUUGUAUUCCUUUUUCUUCUUCCCACUGAAUGUCAUUGCCUUGCGUCCAAUAUCAUCUUCUAGUACAACUCCUCAGAUGUUAUGUUUAAACAAAUAAAAAUGCAGUUAACAAAAAAAAAAGGUCUAUUGAACAUUGUAUGAGCUUUUGUGUUAAAUUGUUCAGGGCAGUAUGCUUUGUUGUACUGUACUCGGGACUCUGCAAUGUGAUUUGUCUAUUGAGGCUAAGCAGGUUAAUGAACUGGCAUUUGGUUGAUGUGGAUGAUACUUUGGUUAUCUUUUUCUAGAGGGAAUUAUUAGUCUAUCAUUGCUCUCCCUCAAACACUUUUUGUUUAAUCUGGAGAGAAAGCCUAAGUUCAGUUUGCCUGACAGCAAGUGUUCCAGACAACAGACAGAGCAGUGACCCCUUGACCUUUUAUUUACCUUUUUAUUUGAAUAAACAUCAAUGGAUUUGCUCUUAAAACUCAUUAGAACAAUGCAUUAUCAAAACUGGUUAAGCUGGUCAUCGUUCCCAUAACACGCUUUUUCUCAACUCAUUCCUUUGACAAUUUAUAAUUUUGUAUUUGUCCUUAGUUGCAAUUUCCUUAGUGCCGUUACAGCUGUUUGUAGAUCGCAUGAUUGCAGAACCCUGGCCCAUUAGUACGGUUGGUAUUUUAAAGGACCACGUUAAAUGUUACCAUUGGUUUCCCUGUUCCUUUUUAAUGUUCACUCUAAGAAAUAAAGCUAUGAAUAAUGUAAAUUGUUUUAGCGUUAUUGUUACUUACAGCAGUUACACCUGGGAACCAUCAACCCAUCCAUUAGAGAAUAUAAUGGAAGUUUAAAUAUUUUUUUUCUAUCUUUAAUACCCACAUGCUGAUUUGACAUCUGGCAAACCAUUAAUAAGGGGAUAUUUUAAUCAAACUAUCACACCAGAAAUGGAGUUUAGCCAAUCGCUCAGAUGGUAAUAAAUCUCUUCCUUGUGAGAUCUCAAAUUAUGAACCCAUCCAUUUGAAUGUGUUGCUAACAUUAGUGUAUGCAGUAGUUGGAUACGUUUGCUGACUGAAUAAACUUAUUUUUUUAAUGAUAGACAAGUCAUGUAGUCCUUCUCUAGCCUCAUUAGACCAUCCUGAUCUUGCGAGUUUGAGUUUACACAGUAUGAUGAGCGCAGUGGUUUGGAUGGUGGAUCAGGCUAGUCCUUGUAAACUGCAGGAAAUUUACUUCUAAUACUGACAUUUGAAGAUGCUACUGACCCGGUUGACUAAGUUAACCCUGUGCAGAAGCAUUCAAGUAACCAUUAAAAACAGAAAUACAGUAUCGUAACUUAUCACUUUUCAUGGACGGGAGUCCUUGUCAGGGACCUUUUUUUUUCUUUACUCACUGCAAAAGAAAGAAUCUCAAGCCAUUUGAUAAUUUUUAUCAAAGCUGUUUAUUUUGAAGAUGUCAGUCACCUAAAUUGCAGAUUUGAGUUCACCACUGUUACAAUCCCAACUGAGAAGAGUAGAAAAAUAGACUUUCCACAAUUCCUUAAGUCUACGAGAAAGAUUUUUUUCUCGUGACAUAUUUGUUUUAUACAUAGAAAAAUGUAUAUGUACAACAAAACAACAUUUCAGAGACUGUUCAAAAGUACCUAAAAUAAAAAAAUACUCUUUGAAACCACUAUGUAUAUGAAGCAUUGGCUACACUAUUACAAAGAGACUGGUUGAGUGGGCUGGUAGAAAAUGUUUGCAUAGGACGAAGAUAAGGAUGCCCAGCCACUGGCAGGGAAGGCACUCUUUCGUCUCCAUACGAGAGGGGGGGGGGGGGGGGGGGAGCUAAAGGAGAAUCUAGAGGAACCGACAGAACAGUCUUAAAUUAAGAAAUCUCCCGUUGCCGCUGAUAUCCGAUGUCCUAAUGCAAACCAGAAAGCAGGAAAUGGGUUAUUAUAUCUAGCCUGGUGGUCCAGAUCUUUUUGUGCUUUAGCGAAGUACACGUUAAUUCGCUGACAUGCCAAACAUGUACAUACGGCUUGACAACAAUAGAAGAGUUGGCUACAGCACAUAGUACGGUAUCAGCCUGUUACAUACCCAGCCCCCAACCUGGUCCUUGUGAAAACCUAGAGAAAGUGUGAGUGCAUCUCUAAAUACAGUAUCUUACAUGAUCAUGUAAUUAAAGGUCUAUUAAAGUCAACUCAUAAUGCAAAGGUAACAUACCAUAGUACUUUUUUAUAGAUAAUAGCUAGGUUUACAUUAAACGGUGACAGAUUUUCAUGCAAAUAUUCUAAAAUCUGCAAGUUUCCACCAAACAGACUUGUUGCGGAUAAAAAGCAGUGCAUGAUGACAGUGCACACAAUGUACUUUUUCGCUUACAUUUUAUGUACCGAAUAAAAAUCAAAAGUUUGUCGGUUUUCCAUCACAUUUUCAACUCUACCGAUAGUUUUGUCACAAAAAACGUUGGGUUAAACAGCAAAUGUACCUACUCUGGUCUUGACUCAA